CUUUUAUAGGUUAGUUGUACUCUAUGGACUGCGCCGACUGUUUUCAAAAAUAAAUCUUACAGGCUUCGCUCAUCAGUUGAAGAGUAUUUUAAUAUUGGUCGUGGAAAUUUUAUUAUGCUGUGAGAAAGAUGUUUUAUCACAUUAGUUUAGAGCAUGAAAUAUUGCUUCAUCCUCGUUACUUUGGACCGCAACUCUUCGACACAGUAAAAGCGAAAUUAUACUCUGAAGUUGAAGGUACUUGUACUGGAAAGUAUGGUUUUGUUAUAGCUGUCACAACUAUAGACAAUAUUGGCGCCGGGCUUAUUCAGCCGGGUCAAGGAUUUGUUGUUUACCCUGUUAAGUACAAAGCAAUUGUUUUUCGACCUUUCAAAGGAGAAGUACUAGAUGGUGUUGUUACCCAAGUAAAUAAGGUUGGCAUGUUCGUGGAGAUUGGUCCUUUGUCAUGUUUCAUCUCACAUCAUUCCAUUCCAGCAGAUAUGGAAUUUUGCCCUAGCUUUAACCCUCCAUGCUACAAAUCUAAAAGUGAGGAUGUUGUUAUACAAACUGACGACGAAAUCCGGCUGAAAAUUGUUGGAACAAGAGUCGACGCUUCCGGAAUUUUUGCCAUUGGAACAUUGAUGGACGAUUACUUGGGCUUGGUCUGUAACUAAAAAUACACUGAUACACAUUGAAGCUGCUAUGUGGACAUACUGUGAUAACGGUCCAAGAUGGCGAAUCCCUCUCAGACUCGCUAAUCUUGCCCCGCUACUCACUCAAAGACUCCGGAGUUUCUCCUCUGGAUUGCCCUCAUAUCCAGUUUAAGCAGUACAAGGCGUGAUUCAUCAAUGAUGUCCUAACAACAAAAAGAUCUCAUUUCAAUUUGUUUUUUAUCGCUAAUUUUUUUAUCUAGAAAGAAGGCCUCAAGAAAUUCCGAGUGUUGGGGUUAAUAUAGAUUCGUGGUCACAAGGUUAGAAGCUCUGUAUCACUUCUGAUCUGGAUAAUGUGUAAUCCAAUAUUAAUUCUGAUUAUUUUGAGCAUAACUAUUACGAAAGGAAUAUGCUAUUGCCAUAACGCCAAUGUACAUAUCAGUCUCAGCAGAGAGACCCCUGCUGCCACACCCACACAUCCCAAGCAUGAUAACUAACUAUGGGGAUCAGAUUUUAUGAUUAAUACUGAAAGUAGCUUUUGGCCGUGAUCAUCAUGUUGAUUGUAAAGUUUAUGUAAUUUUAUUCUUCACUUAAUUUAUAAUUUUUUACUAUCAAUUAUACGAUGACGAAAAUCUAA